AUGAAAAAAAUUAUAAUUUCAAAUGAACAUACAAAAAUUCCUGCUAAUUGUAAUAAUUUCUUUGCAAGCACUGAAAAUAAGUUACAGCUCGUUCGAUUUCUCUGUACUGCUGCUCCUAAAUAUGCACAAAUAAAAGAAGAUUGCGAGUUAUAUAUUUGUGGAGGAUUUGAUGAUCCAACAAAAUGUUUCAAAUUACAAGUUUCUUCAUUUGUUGAGGUGCCUGACUUAAAUUCGAAUCAUUUAGAAGCCGAUUUAAGGAUGUUUUGUCACAUAUUUCACGCAGUAAAAAUCCAGUCUGCCCAUGUCAUAAUCCUUAGCACUGAUACAGAUGUUUUCAUCCUAGGAAUUUAUUUUUGGAAUAAGCUAGCAUGUCUAGAUUGUUUAGGUAUAUGGUUCGAUGGUUCUUAUAAGAAGAAAUACAUUUUAGGAUGUCAUUUGGCUGCUCAAUCCCUUGGAGAAAACAUUUGUCGUAUUUUGCCAGCAUUACACUCUCUAAGUGGUUGCGAUUCGACUAGCAGAUUGGGCUCGAAAAAAAAAGCUCUAAAAGCUGCAACGUUGGAUUUUGUACAAAAAGCUCUAAGACAUUUAGGAAUCCAUAUCUAA